CUUCUCUAAACUUUGACCUUCAGAGUACAAGCCUCGUUGUUCUAUUCCAAUUAUUUUAUGAGUUCAGUCAUACGCAAAAAAGUGGUUGUGGUUGGCGAUGGUGCGUGUGGAAAAACUUGUUUGCUAACUGUCUUCUGUAAAGGAGAAUUUCCUAACGUAUAUAUUCCAACAAUAUUUGAAAGUUUUGUUUCGGAUGUACAAGUUGAGAAUAAAAAUGUUGAGCUUGCUCUUUGGGAUACAGCCGGACAAGAGGACUAUGACAGGUUGCGGACAGUAUCGUAUCCCGACACAGAUGUGGUAGUACUUUGCUUCAGCGUAGACAGUCCUGAUAGCUUGGAAAAUGUGGAGGAAAAGUGGAUGCCUGAAAUAAAAACCUUUUUACCAGGUAUUCCUGUAAUACUUGUAGCAAACAAAAAGGAUCUGAGAGAUGACGAUGUAACUAAGCGAGAACUUUGCAAGAUGAAACAGCAAACUGUUUCCUAUGAUCAAGGUAAAUACAUGGCACAGAAAAUCCACGCCGAGGCAUACGUUGAAUGCUCAGGUAAUUUGUAGCAUACGCAGCAUUUUCUUCAGCAAAAAACAAGGAUGGUGUUAGAGAUGUGUUUGAGACUGCUGCUAAGAUAGCCCUACGCAACAAAACGAAAAAGCAUCGAUGCCUUAUUACAUGAAUUAUUCGUGAAUAAACGCCAAGAAUUGCGAUGAAAGCUUUAUGAAGCCAAUAUCUGUUGCCACAACCUUCGUAUUAUUUCACUUACAGUGAUUGUGUGAAAACAUAUUGUACAUACUAAUAAGAAGUCAUUUGAGCACCAAAAGCUUUGUGCUCUUUAGUUUUCUGAUUUAACCUUUGUGCUACUUAAGUAAGAGGAUAUAAAUGUCCCGUAAUAAACUGGAAGUAACAGUUAUGACUACUUGAUGUUGG